UGUGGCUGGUGGGAUUUCCACGUCAGGACAGGGGAUUAACAGCACAGCACAACCCAUGGAGUGGUGCGAACCAGAGGGAAUCACCUGUGUCUCUUUCCUGCCCCUUUCCAGCCAUUACCACGGUAUUUGCGUGGGAGAUGUGUUUGGAUGCUGGCUGGACACUCGGUAACCGGCAGAGGGGCACAGCAGCAAAGCUGCGGCACCGGCUCCACCUGCGGACAGCGCGUCCAGCGCUGCCACUCCCGCGGCCAACAACGGGAACGCCACCUCCCCUGGGCAUCGUCCCCUGGGCAUCCUGCCCUGGGCGUCCUCCCCUGGGCAUCGUCCCCUGGGCAUCCUGCCCUGGGAGUCCUCCCCUGGGCAUCGUCCCCUAGGCAUCCUGCCCUGGGCAUCCUCCCCUGGGCAUCGUCCCCUGGGCGUCCUCCCCUGGGCAUCGUCCCCUGGGCAUCCUGCCCUCGGAUCGUCCCCAGCCCUGCCCUCGGCCCCAGCCCAGCCCCCGGCCCGCGGGCCCGGCCUCCCCGCGCUGCGCUCAGCGCUGCCAGGGCAGCAGGCGCCGGGCAGAGCAGCGGGCGCUGCCACAGCCCGCACACGGGCAGAGCACCGGGCAGGGGACGCACCCAGCCCUGCGGGAGAGGGGCCGCCAGCAGAGAGCCUCCUGCAAGGCGUCCGUGUGGAGAUGAGUUCCUCCCAGAGCCCCGGCACAGCGCCGCUCUGGCAGUGCCCAGGGGACACGGGUCGCCCUGUGUCUGGCUGUCCCACACUCAGGCCGCGUCUCACGGGCAUCCUGUGCUGAUUUCCAGCCACUCGGCCAACCCAUUGCUCCAGGCAACCUGGAAAACCCUUUUCCGCAGGGAUCCAGUGCCCAUCCGACUCGGAGCGGCCCUGUGCCAUCUUGUGGCCGUUGCUAAAAUUGAGGGAAACGUAACUAAAUCGCUUCAGAUGCCACAUUUGGGUUAGGCAAUUCCUAUCCUUUUUACAGAGGAGAAACCAGUUUCACCAGCAGCUGUGAAUUCCAGCCAAGUUCCCAGAUGAUCAAGGAGACAGACGUGCUGCACUGUAGCACCUUUUCCCCAAACGAGUUGGCAAGUCCUUUUGCCACAACAUAUAGUCAGUGAUACGAUUUUCCCGGUGAAAUGAAAUAGUCAGAUCAAACCCAUUUUGCAUCAUCAAAACGACUUUUUGACCAUAUUUUCAGUAAAUAGUCUGAAACCUCCCACAGCAUUUUCUUGGAAAAAUGGACAGCCCACAGCUUGGACAGGCACAACCUUCAUUGCAUUAAAAACAACCUCAAAUCCUGCUGCAGUUCUGGACCCCUCACUCCAUAAGACUUUGAAGGGCUUGUCCAGAGGAGGGCAGAGUUAGUGAAGGGUCUGCUCCCCAUCCUCAUUUUUUAUCUAAAUGCAGAGUUUCAGGUGACUGACCUCUUGUGCUACUUACACAGUUACAUUUAUGAUCUUCAGAAAUGCUGAUAAAUAAAAGCAUCACGCUGGACCCUGUCCAUCCCCUUAGCAGCCCUGAGGAAAGGUGAGAAGCAGCCAGCUUUCCCAAAACGCAGGGGUCUGGUUUAAAAAAACAACAACUUGAAGGUUAUUACAAGUAGAAAUACUCUGAACUGCCUUCUCCCUGUAAUAUACAACCAAUUAAAAAGGGGGGAAAAAGAAAAAAAAGAAAAAAAAAAAAAAAAAAAAGAAGAAGAAAAAAAAGAGGAGUUAUCAGGCUUCACGUUCUGCUGUUCAGUACUAAUUGCUCAUAGCAACCAAGCUGCAGGAAAUUGGACAAAUUCACUUUAUAUUUGCAAACACAGAGAAAAAUUCCAUUUUGAGUAGAACAAUGGGGGUGUUUUUUUUCCCUCUAGGUCAGCAUAUCAAAACAUUAAAAUGUUUGAGAGUGCUCUCCUUACUGAAGGGUAGGAUGUGACCAGAACUUAGAUUUUACAGAACUUUAACUGAUCAGAAAUACCUUGCUCUGUAGCAGGUUGGCAGUUCAAGCUUCACCUUUCCUGCCCUCUAGCAAAGUCUGGCUCAGCCCGUGCUCCUCACAGCUUUACUCUGGCAGUUCUGCCGGCCGAGCUGAGACUCACACAUCGCUCAGGCGGUGCCUGCACGCAGCCAGCGCUGCGCUUCUGCUUCACCGACACGCUCGGCUUUGCCGCUGCGCCCCUCGCUCCGCAGCCCGGCCCGAGCCCGGGGGGUGUCCAGAGCCCCCCGGGGGUGCCGGGCCCGGCGCUGCCGCUCCCCCGCGCUCAGGUGCGGCGCCGCCGGCCCGGGCGGGGCAGCGGAGCGCGGAGCCCGCUCCUCUCUGCCCGCGCUGGGAGCGUGGGGAUGGCGGCCCCCGGCGCUGCCGCCGCCUGCGGGGCUGGCCGGGACGAGGCCGGGCGCUGCCUGAGCCCCGCGGGGAGGCUGGCGGCCACCGUGUGCCUGGGCGCCGUGGGCAGCCUGGGCUUCUGCAGCAACCUGCUGGUGCUGCUGCUCUUCUGGCGCUUUCCGGCGCUGCGCUCCCCCAUCAACCUGCUGCUGCUCAACAUCGCGCUCAGCGACCUGCUGGGCUGCGCCCUGGGCACCCCGCUCGGGCUGGCCGCGGGCGCCGCCGCCGCCCCGGGACCCGCCUGCGCCUGGCACGGCUUCGCCACCGCCCUCUGCGGCAUCAUCUCGCUCGUCUCCCUGGCUGUGCUUUCGUAUGAGCGUUACUGCACCAUGAGCAGAACAGCAGAGCCUGACACCACGAGCUACAGGAAAACGUGGACAGGCAUCAUCCUGUCCUGGACAUACUCCUUGCUCUGGACUGCUCCCCCGCUUUUUGGCUGGAGCAGCUACGGGCCAGAAGGACCAGGGAUAACCUGCUCUGUGAACUGGCAUGCCAAGGAUGCCAACAAUGCAUCCUACAUCAUCUGCCUUUUCAUCUUCUGCCUUGUAAUCCCUUUUGCCAUCAUUGUCUAUUCCUAUGGCAAACUGCUCUGUGCUGUCAGACAGGUGCGCAGCAGCAUCCGCAGGGGCCCGGGCCGGGGCCGGGAGCAGCGCGCCCUGGUGAUGGUGAUGGUGAUGGUGCUGUGCUUCCUCCUCUGCUGGCUGCCCUACGCCGCUGUGGCACUCACGGCCACCUUCGGGCAGCCCGGGCUCAUCCCCCCCGCGGCCAGCAUCGUCCCGGCCAUCCUCGCCAAGAGCAGCGCCGUCUACAACCCCAUCAUCUACGUAUUUCUGAACAAACAGUUUUACAGGUGCUUUGUGGCUCUCCUGAGAUGCAACAAACCCACUGUGAGCUCCUUGCCCAGGUUAAAAAAGCAACAACAAAACCCAGGUUCUGAGGACCUCCUGCCAAAGCCCAGCCAAGCCCACCCACCCCAAAACAGAGAUCCAGAGCGUGGUGCUGUAGGACAGCUCCAAGAAACAACCUGCCCGUGAAGAGAGGAGGCAGACAGGCUCUCCAGGAGGGAAGGAGCAGCUUGCAGAGGGUCCUGCUCUCCCUGGUUUGGAUUAUGCUCCUCCAAAAAGUCUCACAUUGCUUUGCCAUACCAACCUGAAUAGAUUAUGACAAGCUAUGCAGUUACAAAGUAAAGCUCUACUAAAAUUUAAGUAUUGGUUAUGUUUCAAACAAAUUGUAGCUGAAUUUUAGGAAAAUAAGUAUUUUAGGGACUUUUCUUUUUCAUUAUCAGCUUACAAAGUUACUGCACCAAAAAAUAACUUCCUCCCCAACACUCAGUGAGGAAGCAACUCUGAAUGCACAGCACUCAUCUGGGUAAAGUCCUUGUCUCUGGAAAUCUGCCAGUCAGUGAGCAUCGGGAGAACACAAGAGUGAUUCCAGCCCUUCCUAGCACUGUGGGUCUGAGGGCAUCCUGGAGCCACAAGGGCCAGGGCAGGCAGUGAAGGGAUCAGUGAACCCUGCAGCCCUGUCAGCAGUGGGACAGGGUGGUGUUACCCACAGCUGUCCCCGUGACCCCAGCAGGGAAGCUUGGUGGGGACCUUCCACAGGAUCUUUCCCCUGGAGCAUCUUGGGGAAGGAAGGGACAGCUGGUGUCUCCUCCAAACAGAAAAGCCUUGGAAAGCCCCAGAAGUGCAGCUGGAGGAAGAAUUAUGAACAAACAAACAGGGAACAACCUUCUCCCUCAUUAACUUGGAGCAAAAUCUCAAUAUUUAGACAACAUUUUCAUCCUAGAUUGGAAGAAAAACAUGAAAUAGCACCAUUUUGUGAAGAAUUACUUUUCAAAUCCCAAACUACGUGGAAAGGCCUUCUUUCAGAGGAGUUUCACACAGAAGCAAAUCCACAGCCCUGCCAGCCCAGCUGUCAAAAACUUGUAGCCAACACAGGGGUCUGUGUGAGUGAACACUCUGUGCAUAUCACUACCUGUUCCAAAAGGAUAUUUUUGAUUUUUCAGAUGAUCAAAGCCGUCUUUUUCUUGCAGGGAUGUGGGUUUACUUUUUCUUUGCAAUAUUAACAAAAGCUUCCUUGUAGUCACAACAUUAUUUCACAACGUUAUUUCUUUUUUUUAUCCCUAAACCAUGAUUGUACGAAUAACCUAAACAACACCAAAUGUUUGAAAAUACAGAAGCAGAAGCCAUGAAUUGAGGCUUUUACUGAGGUUGUAUUAGUGGAUGAAAUCAAAGCAAUAGAUGCACUUACUGCUAAGCAAUAACAAUCAAUUAUUUAGUCCCAAGCACAUAUUUUUAAAGAGUAGUUUGUUAUUUUCAGAUCAGAAAGUAUGCCAGGAAAUUUUCAGUUCAUCUUUUCCCUUGGUAUUGUCUCUAGGUGGAUUGUUAAAUUCCAGUAUGAAUUUCUACAUUAAUAAUAACAUUGCAGCUCUGUGACUGGUGGUUUUUGUAUAUGCAAGGAUCUGUUCUGUCUUAGAGCAUACAAAAUCUGGCGUUGGUAGAUGUCUCUGAGGUGUUAAAUAGUUCAUGGUUUGUGAUAAAAAUGUAUGUUUUCAACACAAAUUGUUGGUUUCUGUUCCAUUAAACCUGUAACCUGCUGCAAACAGCACCUGAGAGCAGCUUGUAACUGCCCUGCUUGGAAACAUGCAGGAUGUUGUAGCUGUAAAUAAAAUUAUU